AUGAUGAGUGUCUCUGCGGCGGUCGACGUGUUAUUUCUCUCAUUUAACUGCGCAAAGGCACUGAUUGACGUGCCCGUGUUUGCGGGCCAUGUUGAGAAUGUCUUUCAUACGAGGGCGACGGAGUUGCCCGAGAUUGUUGUCUUCUCUCUGCAGGAAAUCGCACCCUUGAGCUACGCAUUCAUUGGUGGCAGCUUUCUCAACUCGUACAUUCACCGAUUUGAGAGCGCCUUGAACCUAGCCGCCGAGCAGUUUUCUUCACCCUCACAAUCGUCCUCGUCAGCUAACGACCAACAAUCACAACAAAAGCAGACAUACUCACGCAUCCGGUUCAAGAAUGUCGGGUACACGGCCAUUGCGCUGUUUGCGCGCGAGUCGGGCCGCGUGCACCACGUCCGCGAGGCAGAGGUUGGCUUUGGCGCCGCCGAGAUGGGCAACAAGGGCGCCGUGGGCCUGCGGCUAGAGUAUCACGGCGAAGGGGGCGAGACGACCCUCACAUUUGUGGCGACGCAUCUGGCCGCCAUGGAGUGGAACUUGUCCAAGCGGAAUGACAAUUGGGCGUCGAUUAUGCGCUGCAUGACGUUUGGGGAUCCUGCUCAGAUUAAGACGGGAGAGUCAGAUGGGGAUGAGCAGGGCUUAUUGUUGGCAGACGAGACGACACUACAGGAUAUAUCUAUUUUCAACCCGGCGUCGCAUCUCUUUGUAGGCGGCGACUUGAACUACCGUAUUUCAGCAGAGUCGCCGGCGCCGGGGGCCGCGUUCCCCAGCAUGGACGCCGAUUCGGAGGACUACUAUCCCAAGUUCUUUGAGCGGGACCAGCUUACGCAGGAGAGAAGGGCGGGCAGGACGAUGCAUGGGCUUACAGAGGAGAAAGUCACGUUUGCGCCGACGUACAAGUACGAUGUGGAGGACGACGGGUCGGAGCCGGUGAAGUGGAAGUUUGCGGCGCAUAGAUACCCGAGCUGGACAGACAGGAUUUUGUAUCUGGACUUGCCGCCGUGGGUCAAGGCGGCGGGCAAGAAGAUGCAUGUGCGUGCGUAUGAUUCCCUGCCGGUGCUGCGGACGAGCGAUCACAGACCCGUGUAUUUACGAGUGGAUGUGCCGCUUGUGGGUGCGGCUGAGAUGCGCGCGCCAGAAGGGGUCGCCGAGGGUAAAGACGAUCCGCGCCUGAGGAUGCCUGUUGAGAUUGACUCGGGGGCGUGGGAGCGGCGCGAGGCCGCGAAGCGCAAGGAGGUGAUGCUUGGCUGGAGCACGUUGCUUUGGAGUACGAGGGAGGGCGCGGUGGUGGUGGGCACGUUUUUGAUGGCGACGAUGGGAGCAUAUUGGUUCUUUUUCCGGGCGUAG